AUGUCUGUCGCAAAAGAAGCUGAAGCUGCGAAUGCUAAAUAUGCCGCAUCCUUUACUAAGGGAGACCUUGCUCUUCCCCCAGCACGCAAAGUUGCUAUAGUCGCAUGCAUGGAUGCGCGCCUUGAUACCGCCCGUGCCCUCGGCCUUGAAGAAGGCGAUGCUCAUGUCAUAAGAAACGCGGGUGGACGGGUCUCUGAUGCCCUACGCAGUAUCGUCAUCUCUCAGCAGUUGCUCGGGACGCGAGAAAUUAUCAUUGUGCAUCAUACUGAUUGCGGAAUGCUUACUUUCACGGACGAUGUGAUCCGUGGUAAAAUUAGAGCAGAUCUCAAGCAGAAUGUGGAUCAUAUCGCGUUUUUACCCUUUGGGGAUCUGAGACAGAGUGUGUUGGAUGAUAUUCAGGUUUUGAAGGAAAGCCCGCUUGUGUUGGAUGUGCCCAUUACGGGUUACCUGUAUGAGGUUGAGACGGGAAAGAUUGUCAAGGUGGAGUAG